UUACCAGUGACGUAAAAGCUGUGUGUCGGACAUAUUGCAGUUCUCCAGAUUUAUGAGACUCUUCAUUAGAGAUGGUUACAGGUGAUGAUCGGACAUCAGCGUUGUACUGGUGAUGUUUUUAACUUCGUUUUAAGCCGGGUAACUUAUUUACCGCAAUACGAUGGCCUUAGUGUGGACAGAAUGCACACUUUUCUAGACUUCACUGCUGAACACUGGCGGCGGUGAAGUGAAAGAAGCGGGACCUGAGAGAGAGCUUCUCCUCUCCGCGUCAGUGUUUUGGGAUGACGGAAUGGAUUUCCACUUGUGUUUACACGGAAACCUGCGCGGUGAACAAAGAGUACAGAGGGAGAACGCAGAGCUUAGUGGACUACAGAGCAGUGGAGCAGGUUUUAUAAAAAAGCUGUGUUGUGUUUAAGUGACUGUGGAGACUGCAGUGUGUUAUAGUUAUGAGGCUCAGAGCUGAGGCGUUGAUGUGGGGACUUGUGUGGCUCUCUGUGUUAACAACAUGCCACUCAGGACUCACUCAGCACUGCGACAACGGCAAGGCAAAGCUGGAGACAGACCUCCCUCCUCCCGAUGAGUUUCUGUGUCUGAAGCAGAGAGCAGUAACAUCAGCCCCGCAGCUCCUUGAUAUUUCCACCAAUUAUUCUCUACAGCCAGCUGAGCAUGUCUGCAUGGAUCUGCCCAUAACAUACAAUCACACAAUCCCCAACAGUGGAGCUCACAGGCCUGUAGGAGCUCAGAGUGGACAGUACCUGUACUGCCCUCCUCAGCGCUGGAUAAACAACCUGAAGGAUGGCGCCACAGUGCUCCUGUUUCACCCCUGUUCUUUUAAAGACGCUCACAGGAGUCUGGCAGCGGUGGCUCACUCCUGCCUGCCUCACUUCAUCCUCACAGCUCAUCCUCAACUCAGCCAGCGCAGACCGUUUGCCUUGGUCUCCUGGGGUCACACGCUAGAGAUGUCCCACAUCACCACAACAAGAGUGUGUGAGUGGCUGCUCAUGUUUUCAUCCAACGAUAACCAAACAACAGCAAGCCAAAGCCAAAAUUACAACCUGUAUUUGACAAAAUCUGCCCCAGUGGACCGUGCACUGGACACCUCUGUGAAGUCUCUGAAAGCAUGUUGUGAGGAGGCUCUGUCUGUAUACGAGGCUACAACUCGAGCGAGGAUGAUCCGAUCCAUUCUGCAGCAUGCAAAAAGAGAAAUGGAAAAAGAUGACGAGAAACACUCUGAAAAUCCUACGCCGAUCAGCUCUGAGUCGGACACGCUAAAUCCUACACUCACACAGCCACUGAACAACAGUGAGGUUAAAGGUUCAUUAUCUAUAGGGCCUCAUGGUCAUGUUACACCCCCUCUACACACUGCCGUGCACUCAGAGGAGGAUGGUGGUGGUGUUGUGGAGACGGACGAAAAGACAACAGCCACACAGAUGAAGAGGGUGAAAGAGCCACAUGGGAACACCAGGGGUGAGGAAACAGUGGUUAAGUUGCAUGAUUCACAGACUGAUGUGAAGUCUCACAAGAUGAGCAGCACCAUGGCUGCAGGGAAGCAGCGCGUUAAGACUGAUGUAGCUGAACUGAGUGCAGGAGGACGCUGCACAGUUCCAGGUCACUGCAGACCUCCUGAUGUGGCCACUGCAGUGUUAGGAGGACCACCGAGGGGACGCAAGAUGACCUUCCAGCGCACCGAUGAGGCUGUAUGGGCAGCAGCAGCUCUGGGUUUUCUCCUGGUGCUACUCACGCUUUCAGUGCUCCAUACACGUCUGUACCGUAACUGCCGUACACCAUCCAGCCUGUACUGGCGCGAGAGCCAGCAGGACUACGAGAGUGUAGCAGACAUCAUUCGCAGGAGGCUGAGGAUGGUGGGCAGGAGGAAGAGGAGAGCGAGCCAGAGCAGGCGGCAAGAGUGUCCUUUGCUCUCUGACUCAAGCACUGAUAACGACUGACUCACUGUAUGGGAUUGUGUGAGAGGAGUCUGGUCUCUCUCAUUGACUAAAACAGAGUCUGUGUUUUUUUAGCAAUACAGUUCCUUGUGGAAAAGUAAAUGCAGGAUUCAGGAAUUCAGGACCUUAAGCAGGGGCUUUUUUACACCAAUGAAGUCCUUAAAUAUAUACUCUGACAUGUUAUUUAAGCCUUUUAAUUGUGUUUUUGAAGGUACGGUGCCUUGACAAAGUAUUCACUCCCCAGUGAUCAUUUCUCUUUUUGCUGUAUUUCAACAUCAAAUUUAAGCAUAUAGAGUGGGACUUUUUUUGCUCCUUUUGAAGUGAUCUUAUCCUCAAAGGUCUGGUGUGGGUGCAGGUUUUCAUUCCAACCAAGCAGGAGCCACACCUGAAUCCACCUGUUUAACCAGGUGAUUUUGGCUUUCAAUAGACUCGGGUGUGGCUUCUGCUUGGUUGGAAUGAAAACCUGCAUCCAUACCGGCCCUUUCCAGAUAAGAUGGGACACCCCUGCUCUACAGAAAUAAAAUUAAUGUAAUUUGAUGUCCUCAGAAUUACUUGGGGGGGGGGGUGUCUAAAAAUUGCUCAAUUUAUAAAUAUGCACUCCCUCAGUGUGAGUUGUGCUUUUGUAGCUAUUACAGAUUGGAGUUGCCUCAGAUUUGUCUCUAUGAACAUUGCGCAUUUUGAUUUAGCCAUUUUCUUCCAUUCCGCAAUGCAAAUUUUCUCUAACUUUGUCACAUUAGAUGCUGAAUGUUGGUGGAUUUUAAAUAUGUGCUUUGACUGCCAUAUCAGAACAUAAACCUUGUCCUGUUGGAAUAUAUAUGAACCCUAACUGCAGAUGUCAUGACAGCAGACCUAAUCUGAUCUGCCAUUUUAGCUGUUGGAGAUAUUUAUUAUGCAAAACAACAAGCCGUUUUUAGGCUUUUUAUUAUUUAUUUUUUUAAAUAAUUUGGAGGAUGUCUAAAUACUUAAUUUAAUUGUAUUCAUAUAGAGAGUCACUUCAAAAUGAGCAGGAAAAAAAAUCUAAUUGUAAUAUAUUAAUAUACUUGUAUCUAAUGUACUUAAAUUUGAUGUUGAAAUAUAGCAAAGAUGAGUAAUCACUGGGGGCAGGGGGACACUAUAUAUAGUUUGUAAGCAAUGCAAAACAUAUUUGCACACAGUAUAAUGCAAAAGAUGAAGGAGAAAGCAGAAGUAUUAUUGCUGAGAUGCAUAUCCUAUAUUCAGUAUCUUAAAAUAUGAAAACUGAACCAGUACAAUGUUGUGGUUUGUUGUUUUUUUGUUUGUUUGUUUUUAAAGUGUUUUAUGUUUAUUGUACAUUUAAAGGGUUUCUAGACUGGUAGUAAUCAAAGAAUUUAAAAAAAAACAUUUUAAUAGAUCAGUCUUCUGUUUACAUUCUCCCAGAAAUCAGCUCUUCCUUCAACUAGGACUCAACUGCGGAGUUCAUUGAAAGUCAGUUUGAGGCAUGUGUAGAGUAGAUUUAGAGAGGAACACUGGGGAUUGGACAGAUUUAUCAGUGUUUGCAAUUAGGAGUCAUCUUGAAGGCAGCAGUUUGCUCUAACAAUGACUAAAUUGACACCCCUAAAGAAUAUUGCAAAUAAAUUCAAACAAAAUAAUUGUUGAAAAAUUCCUGUUUGUUUCCACAAACUGUGAUGUUGCUUUGGCAUUACAAAUCUCAUUAAUCACAAUCAGUGCCAUAAUAAAAAAAAAAUUCUUUCAGAACUUUCAGUGGAAAAUGUAAUAAAGGAGAAUGGAUGAGCAGCAGAACAUUUUAGCCCAUUACCUCUCCCAGGAGGUUUAGACUUGGCUGUAGAUGGAUCCUUAAACAAUAUGACUCGAAACAGACAUUAAAAAAAAAAAAUCAACACAGAAAUCGGUGUACUGCACAAAAUCAGUGUCUUGCAGUGGUCAUCUCAUUUUCUGUAGCUGAGCCCUACUGAAAAGCUGUGUUUUUCAGCUUUACGCAAACCUACGGAGAAUUUAAAGGAACUGCAAUGGCUUCCAUGGAGUAGGGUCCAAGGUCUUUCUACAAGUGUUCUCCAUUUAUUAACCAUUAUGGGAUGAUGCUUGGUGCGGUUAUUUUCUCCAGGAGAAAUACCACCAAAUAGUUUCUUAAUCAUAUGGGUACAGAUAAUAUUGUCGUGCUGUUUUACUCUGUGCAUUAAAGGGUUCCAGAUGUUGAAA